GCGGCCGUCCGGGUGUCCUCGCGCAGCUCGUCCGCGCGCAGCCUGGCAGUUUUCCUCUUCUUCGCCCUCCAGCUUGCGUUCAUGGCCACCGCAGCGAACGAGGAGCCCUUCCCUUUCCACGGCCUCCUCCCGAAGAAAGAGACUGGGGCCGCAUCCUUCCUCUGCCGCUACCCGGAGUAUGACGGUCGGGGGGUGCUCAUCGCUGUCCUGGACACGGGGGUCGACCCCGGGGCUCCGGGCAUGCAGGUUACAACUGAUGGAAGACCUAAAAUCAUUGAUAUCAUUGACACAACAGGAAGUGGUGAUGUGAACACUGCUACAGUGGUAGAGCCAAAAGAUGGUGAAAUUAUUGGUCUUUCAGGAAGAGUGCUUAAGAUCCCUGCGAGCUGGACAAAUCCCUCCGGCAGGUACCACAUUGGCAUCAAAAACGGCUAUGAUUUCUAUCCAAAGGCUCUCAAGGAAAGAAUACAGAAAGAACGGAAGGAGAAACUUUGGGACCCUGUUCACAGAGUCGCCCUGGCGGAAGCCUGUCGAAAGCAGGAAGAGUUCGACGUUGCCAACAACUGCCCUUCACAAGCAAAUAAACUAAUCAAGGAGGAGCUUCAGAGUCAAGUGGAAUUGCUUAACUCUUUUGAGAAAAAAUACAGUGAUCCUGGCCCUGUGUAUGACUGCUUGGUGUGGCAUGAUGGUGAGACCUGGGGAGCCUGCAUUGCUUCGAAUGAAGAUGGGGAUUUGAGCAAAUCCACUGUCCUGAGAAAUUACAGAGAGGCCCAGGAAUAUGGCUCUUUUGGCACCGCUGAGAUGUUGAAUUACUCUGUUAAUAUAUAUGAUGAUGGAAACCUGCUCUCCAUAGUGACAAGUGGAGGAGCUCACGGAACACACGUAGCUAGUAUAGCUGCCGGGCAUUUUCCAGAAGAACCUGAACGGAGUGGCGUGGCUCCUGGCGCUCAGAUUCUUUCCAUCAAGAUCGGUGACACAAGACUAAGCACGAUGGAGACAGGCACAGGCCUUAUCAGAGCUAUGAUAGAGGUUAUAAAUCAUAAGUGUGAUCUUGUCAACUACAGCUAUGGAGAAGCAACUCACUGGCCAAAUUCUGGGAGAAUAUGUGAAGUGAUCAGUGAAGCCGUGUGGAAGCAUAACAUAAUUUAUGUCUCAAGUGCUGGGAAUAACGGCCCCUGCCUUUCUACAGUCGGGUGCCCAGGAGGAACCACGUCAAGUGUGAUAGGUGUCGGUGCCUACGUUUCUCCCGAUAUGAUGGUUGCCGAGUAUUCUCUGAGAGAGAAAUUACCUGCAAAUCAGUACACGUGGUCUUCGAGAGGCCCCAGUGCUGACGGGGCCCUUGGAGUGAGCAUCAGCGCCCCAGGAGGCGCCAUAGCCUCUGUUCCUAACUGGACGCUGCGCGGGACUCAGCUCAUGAACGGGACGUCCAUGUCUUCUCCCAACGCGUGUGGAGGCAUCGCCCUGAUUCUGUCAGGUCUGAAAGCUAAUAAUGUUAACUACACAGUUCAUUCAGUCAGAAGAGCUCUCGAAAACACUGCAGUGAAGGCUGACAAUAUAGAAGUAUUUGCCCAAGGACAUGGUAUUAUUCAGGUUGAUAAAGCCUAUGACUACCUCGUUCAGAAUACAUCAUUUGCUAAUAAAUUAGGUUUCACUGUUACUGUUGGAAAUAACCGCGGCAUCUACCUCCGAGAUCCUGUUCAGGUGGCUGCGCCUUCAGAUCAUGGUGUUGGCAUUGAACCUGUAUUUCCAGAAAACACUGAAAACUCUGAGAAGAUAUCCCUUCAGCUUCAUUUAGCUUUAACUUCGAAUUCAUCAUGGGUUCAGUGUCCCAGCCAUUUGGAACUCAUGAAUCAAUGCAGACACAUAAACAUACGUGUGGAUCCCAGGGGCUUAAGAGAAGGAUUGCAUUAUACAGAGGUAUGUGGCUAUGAUAUCGCGUCGCCUAACGCAGGUCCUCUGUUCAGGGUACCGAUCACUGCAGUUAUUGCCGCAAAAGUAAAUGAAUCAACCCAUUAUGAUCUAGCCUUGACAGAUGUACAUUUUAAACCUGGUCAGAUUCGAAGGCAUUUUAUUGAGGUUCCUGAGGGUGCAACGUGGGCCGAAGUGACGGUGUGCUCCUGUUCUUCCGAGGUGUCUGCCAAGUUUGUUCUGCAUGCAGUGCAGCUUGUGAAGCAGAGAGCCUAUCGAAGUCAUGAGUUCUAUAAGUUUUGUUCCCUUCCGGAGAAAGGAACGCUGACUGAAGCUUUUCCUGUCUUAGGUGGGAGAGCAAUUGAGUUUUGCAUUGCUCGUUGGUGGGCAAGUCUUAGCGAUGUCAAUAUUGACUACACCAUUUCUUUUCAUGGGAUAGUAUGUACUGCUCCUCAGUUAAACAUUCAUGCAUCAGAAGGAAUCAACCGUUUUGAUGUUCAGUCCUCCUUGAAAUAUGAAGAUCUGGCUCCCUGCAUAACUUUGAAGAGCUGGGUCCAAACACUGCGCCCACUGAGUGCAAAAACCAAACCUUUAGGAUCAAGGGAUGUUUUGCCAAAUAAUCGUCAACUUUAUGAGAUGAUCCUGACUUACAACUUCCAUCAACCCAAGAGUGGGGAAGUGACUCCAAGCUGCCCCCUGCUUUGUGAAUUAUUGUAUGAAUCAGAAUUUGACAGCCAGCUGUGGAUUAUAUUUGACCAGAACAAAAGACAGAUGGGUUCCGGCGAUGCUUACCCCCAUCAGUAUUCUUUGAAACUGGAGAAAGGAGAUUAUACAAUUCGACUGCAGAUUCGUCAUGAGCAAAUCAGUGAUUUGGAACGUCUUAAAGAUCUUCCGUUUAUUGUUUCUCAUAGGUUGUCUAAUACCUUGAGCUUAGAUAUUCAUGAAAAUCAUAGUCUUGCACUUCUAGGAAAGAAGAAAUCAAGUAACUUGACAUUACCACCCAAAUACAACCAACCAUUCUUUGUUACUUCCUUACCUGAUGACAAAAUACCUAAAGGGGCAGGGCCUGGAUGCUACCUUGCGGGAUCCUUAACAUUGUCAAAGACUGACCUCGGGAAGAAAGCUGGGCAGUCUGCAGCAAAACGACAAGGAAAAUUUAAAAAGGAUGUAAUCCCUGUUCAUUACUACCUAAUAUCUCCACCUACAAAGACUAAGAAUGGCAGCAAAGACAAAGAAAAAGAUUCAGAAAAAGAGAAAGAUUUAAAAGAAGAGUUUACUGAAGCAUUACGAGAUCUUAAAAUUCAGUGGAUGACAAAGCUGGAUUCUAGUGACAUUUAUAAUGAAUUGAAGGAAACAUACCCUAAUUAUCUCCCUCUGUACGUUGCACGACUUCAUCAGUUGGAUGCUGAAAAGGAACGAAUGAAAAGACUUAACGAAAUUGUCGAAGCUGCAAAUGCUGUUAUUUCUCAUAUAGAUCAAACGGCCCUAGCAGUUUAUAUUGCGAUGAAGACUGACCCCAGGCCCGAUGCAGCUAUUAUAAAAAACGACGCGGACAAGCAGAGGUCGACGCUCGUGGACGCCCUCUGCAGGAGAGGCUGCGCCCUGGCCGACCACCUUCUCCAGGCCCGGGCGCAGGACGGGGCCGCGUCGGGCGACCUGGAAGGGAGAGAGGAGGAGGGAGAGAGCGCCCUGGAUUCUCUGACGGAAACUUUCUGGGAAGCUACGAAAUGGACCGAUCUUUUCGACAGUAAGGUUUUGACAUUUGCAUACAAGCAUGCCUUCGUAAAUAAAAUGUAUGGGAGAGGCCUUAAAUUUGCAACUAAACUUGUGGAAGAAAAACCAACAAAAGAAAACUGGAAAAAUUGUAUUCAACUGAUGAAGCUGCUUGGAUGGACCCAUUGUGCGUCGUUUACUGAAAACUGGCUUCCCAUCAUGUACCCUCCUGAUUACUGUGUAUUCUAAAAUAGGAACCAAGACUUUAAAUUUUAAAAAAGAAAGUUUUAUAGUGAAUGGAUAUAAAAACAAAUUUGUGGCAUUUUUAGUCUAAUGCAUGUUUUCAUCUGCUAUCAAAUACUGAUUAUUAAAAUGACGUGUAUUUAUCAGAGAA